GGCAGAGUCUAUGGUAUUGAAUCCAUAAAAAAAGUUGCAUAUAAUUUUAGUAAAUAAGAUAUUUUGGAGCAAAAUUCGGUGUAAGGCAUGGCAAAACAGUAAUGGACCAAUUUUUAAUAUUUGUUAUUAAAUAGUUGUGUUUUUGUGAUUGAAAAAUUUUUGAAUUGAUUCUCUUGGAUUUUUCCUGUAGAAAUUUGUGAUAAUAUUAUGGAAGCCGAUACUAGUGUACCAAUGUACACUUUAGUAAAUGGUGUUUCCAUGUGUGAGCAAGAUCUGGCUGACAACUUGAAUAAAAGUAUACUAUAUUUUACUGUAAAUGAUGAUGUAAAAGUAAAAAAUGAAGAACCUGAAGAGACAACUUCAUAUGUACUUCAAGACAGUGGAGAAGAGCAACAGUUUGAUACUACACUUAAUUCCACUUUGAAAAUUUUAACAAUAAAUGAUGAAAAAUUCUUAUAUAUUGAUAAUGUUUCUGAAGACAAUAUUGAGUCAGUAGUACCAGGAAAUUUAAUAAUGAGUAGAGAUUUACUUCAACUAGACCAGAAAUUACAUGAUGACGAAGAAAUUUAUGAAACUGUAAUUAAUACAGUAAGUGAAGAUACUCAGAAUAGUACUGUCAUUGAUAUACACCCUUACCAGAUGAUAAUGUUUAGUGAUAUUAAACAGCCAGACAUUUUAUGUGAUUCACAGAUGAAAUUUAAAUGUUUAUAUGAGGGAUGUAAGAAAGAAUAUAUUAGUAAGCAAUAUUUUGAUGCACAUAUGGUCACUCAUACAAAUAUGUUAAAUAAUAGACCUUACAGUUGUUCUUUUGAAGGCUGUGAGAAAAAUUUCCCAACAAAUUAUUUACUCAAGUCUCAUAUAAGAAGGCACACUGGAGAAAAACCAUAUGUAUGUCAGGUGUGCUUGAAAAGAUUUAAGAUGUCUGGGGAUUUGCAAAAACACACAAGAACGCAUACAGGUCGGCAUAAAUUUCAUAAAGAUAUCGAAACAGCAUUAAACGAACAAGUUAUCAUAGAACUGAAUGCUUCGUUUAGUUAUCUAGCAAUGGCGGCUUACUUUGGCAGAACUGAAGUUGCACUGCCAGGUUGUCAGGGGUUUUUCAUGGCUAUGCAUGAAGAAGAACAUGAACACGCUCUAAUUUUUAUUAAUUACAUUUUAAUGAGAGGUGGCCAUCCAGAAAUAAACAAUAUAUCGGUUGAGAGCAAAGAAGAGUGGAAGGAUUUGUCCAAAGCAUUUGCCACAGCUGUGGAAAUGGAAAGCUCAGUUAAAGAGAAGCUUGAAGAAUUGGUUGAAUUGUCCGAGAAACACAGAGAUCAUCAGCUUGUUGAUUUUAUAUCUAGCGGAUUUCUGCAUGAACAGAAUGAAUCAAUUUGUUCCAUGGCCAGACUAUUGACCAGGUCAAAAAUGGCUACCGACAAAAUCGGAGAACAUCUUUUCGAUAAGCAUCUUUUCGACUCAUUUGUUUCUAAGAAAAAUUCGAUGUACCUUAGAGAUCUCCCCGAAGAAAAACAAGAUCAUAUCUAUAAAUAAAAAAAAAUAAAAAUA